AUGCCGCGACGCUCAUCGCGCUCCUUGGUGACGCUGGCUGCGGCGCUAUUGCUAGUAAUUUUUGCCUGCAGCCACUCAGGUCGCGCACUAUGUCCCUCUAACGGGAACACCCAUGCAAUUUACGUCACAUCCAACAUGGGCGAUAACAUUUGGUCCUUUGACACUCUCGGCAACUACCUCGGCCCGGUACUUAACAAAGCUUCUUUUCCGCCCGGCGUGCAGGUCGACAAGCUGCGCUCCAUGCGCUUUGGUCCGGAAGGCCACCUCUACGUGUCUAGCGCGCGCGGUUCCUACAGCCGCAUCUUCGCCGUCAGCGGCAACGGACUACUGAACCGCACGAUGGAAGAGAACUGCACCCGCGACUACCUGUUCACCGCUACCGAGCAGGGCCAGGCGAACCCGUUUCUGGAUCACCCGUACGACAUCGCCUUCCACCCAGCAACCGAGGACUUGUACGUGUCGAAUCAAAACUCGGUGACCAUCACAUGGUACAAGCGCGACCCGACGGCGGACACGAUGCUGACGGUUGGCACCGGCAGAUCCCAGCAAGUCCGCUAUCCUGCCUGGAAGCCGGCAAAGAACGCCAAGGCUGCCGUGGUGUCCAACGAGGAGACGAUUACAGGGGAGGAGACAAUUGUGGUGCCAAAAGACAUUACAGACAGCUCUGGUCUCUUCGCCUCGCCGUGGAGCUCCACCUAUUCGAUGAGCUCCGUACGCGGCCUCACCAUCUCGCCCCUGCUGCCGCGCACGCUGGUCGAGGGCGGCGCUUCCUCCGGCGUCUUCGCUGUGACGAAUGAAUCAAUGACGUACUACCUUCUCGUGUGUGAUGUACUGAGCAGCACCGUGCACGUUUUCGAUCUCGAGAGCGGUGAGCGCCUCUUCGGCCUAAACGUACCAUCCCCGAUUCAAGUCAUGUUUCCGAGUCGCUACUAUGUGGGCGACUCGUCGCCGUCUGUCUCCGCGGACGGUGUCCUCAUGAAGCGCUUUGACGUGCCGUACAUCUACGUCACGAGCAAAGAGGACGGCAUUGCUUACAUGGUGCGCUUUUCCUCUCGCCAGGGAAACACGAUCAGCAACGGCAUGCAGGGUAACGGCUUUGGCGAGGGCUUCAUCCAGGCACAGCGCCUCUAUAUGAUCAACCGCCCGACCUCACUGCACGCGGCGAGCGGCAUCUACGAGAACGCAGCCCGUAACGUGCUGCUCAUCGCCGACCGCAACGGCCGCCGCAUCUACACCUACGCGUCUCCGUUCCUGACCGACUACACAAACGGCUACGGCCCGUCUACGUUCCUUGGCUUCUUUGUGAAGCACCUGCCAGAUCAGCCGGAGUUCAUCCUGUCGGCGCUGCUUGAGCACCAGGAAAACAUCCCGUUUUGCUAUGAACUGAACAAGGAUGGCAAGCUCCGCUACGUCGCGCUGUGCACGGCGGCGUCGAUCUGGUCUACCGUACUCGCGCUCGCUCUCAUCCUGGUGUCAUCCUUCAUUGUGUAUCGCCAAGUUCAGCAUUGCAUGUACGAGCAAAAGGGCUACUUUCAACACCAGCGCUCGCUGGAUGACGAGUCGAUCGCCUUAAAUGGAAGCAGCAAUAGCUCGCCGUUACUCGGAGGUGCGGUACCAAACUACGGCUCUGCCAAGUGA